UACGUAGCACGCAGAAAAAAUAACAAACUCGAUUUUUUGAUUCUGCCUUUAUCUUGUUGGAGAUGUAUGCUGUGAAGUAUGUAAACCUAAAUCAUGAAAAAGGUGACCAGUUUGGCAAAGAAUGAUGACCCUGGAACCCCUCGCGAACGGGAUGUUAAUGAAGGGUCUAAGAGGUCUGAGUUCUCCCGGAAAAAGCCCUUACCAUCAAUUUCCAUUGAGAAAGAUCCCGAAUUUGCCGACUCAGUCCUUUGUGCAGCAACCAUGCAUAUCAGUCGCAAGGAACGAAAAUCAUCUAGUCAAAGCUCAGUAAAGCCGGCAUGCCUCGGACAGGGCCUCUGUCCACGGACGAGAGACAUUCCCAAACCAGGACUUGGUCGUCGAAGUCCCCCAAUCUUUCGAGGGCCCACCCAUGGCCCGAGCGGUGAUCUACCACCUCGUAAGACGGUCGACGGAAUCCACAAGCGAGACAGCCAGGCAGAUAGUCAACGAUAUCCUCUGUUGAACCCACCCUGGCGCGCGACAUGUGCCAUUGUCGAACCAACCCAUGCUGGGAGUAUCUGUUUUGAACGGCUACCAAGGGGUCUCAAGCAACUAAAGCCAGUCGACUUGUGUUACAGGCACGGUCAUCGUAAGCGGCUCAAUCACUUGGAGGAAAUACAAAACGUUGAUACAAUUCAGAAGAGAGGGAGGACAAGGCAACAUAAGUUCAACGGAAUGAAAAAAGAGGGCAACUUCAACACGAAGAAGGUGAAUACAUGCAUCGGUAAAAGUGUAACAAACACAAUCGCCGAGGGUGAAAAUUAUGUCACGGAUUAUGACAAUGUGACAUUUGUGCAAGGUAGCUUUGAAGAGGAUAACUUGGACACAAGUUUGACAUCGACAACUCAUUGCAUAGCAACAAAGAAGCAAUUAGAGACCUCACCAAAACCAGAACAAUCUAUUAUCGCCGUCGAUCACAGCAUGCAUGAAAAUGUUCCAGUACAGGCUAAUAGGACUCUAAGGGAAGAUAGACUUCAACCAGGGCGUGAAUCUUAUUCUUCCGAAGAUAUAAAGACCGAAAGCGCUCGUCUGGCGUUAAACACCGGUGAAUGUGACCCUGUCACACAUGAACAACAGGGUGAAGAAAUCACGUCGAACGAAGCCUGUGCUUCCGACGCGGAUGUAGAAACAUCAGCCAUGGAAUUGUGCCGAACAAUUCCGUCAGAACAAACUCUAAUGAAAGCAAACAGUCUGACGUUUCGGCACACUGUUGGAAGACUUUACACUGAUAACCGACCAAACAGCUUCAUAGCACUCACAGCUAAGGAAAAAGAGCUGGAACACUGGUCUGAGACUACCCUGACACUUCAAUGUUUAGCAAAAAUGGCAAUCCGGGAGAAAGAUCAAGCAAACCAAAACGACACAGCCUCCACUGAACACGAAAACACCAAAUCAGUCUACGACGACACACUGGACAACCAGGAGAAAACAGAAUUUGAAAAUAAUAGCAAGGUUCUUGAUUCACCUGAGCAAGAAUACAUCCCAUGCCUUCAUGAUCAGAGUUCCAGGAGUACUAAUGACGUCGAUGCAACUUUCAAGCUCGAAAUUUCUAAAAAUUCGACUGAAGCUGAAACUAAAGAGAUAAAAUCCGAGAGCACUAGUCUUAAAGCUUCAUUUUGUGAAGAUAAUAUAAACGUCUUACUCAAUGACCAAAUGCAAGUUAAUUUGCAAAUGAAAUUACAACCUCAUGUUGCAACGCACUCAGGUGACAAUCUAGAUGAAUCGCCAAAGACUGCCCUGGCAUCAAAAGUGCGACAACUUGAGCCCAACCCCAUCCUUAUAUCAAAUGAAGCAACACGGGAAGAGUCGUUACAAAUGACCUGUGAUAACGAGGUGUUGAGCUUUUCCGUUGACCUUCUGACAGGGACCAAUGACAUGGGUCAAGACAUGUCUAAUCCAUCUACACAAACAACAUGUGAUCACAAUAUAGGGCAAACACAAGAACCACUGACUGGUAACUUUCUUAAUCAAGAUGACAGGAAAACAGAACUUGAAGCUGUCAGUGUGGACCAAAUGAGACUAGGAACUGAAAAUGAUGAAGCUCUCCGAUUUUCCCAACAUGAGAUUCGUGAAGCGGAAAAAUUUGAUAAAUCAUCUCAAAGCCCUGGAACAGAACCACCUCAAGAUCCUCAGCUGUCUUCGAGUUAUCAAGACCUUGCUACUGAUGACCUUGCUACUGAUAACGAUGCCAAGUCAUUAGAGUCAAGUUCAGACAAAGAUGAUCGCAUUCAACAUCAUGAGUCAUCUUCACUGAAAAAUGACAGAAGUUUUCAAGGAAUUUCGGAUGGAAGCUCAAAGAUAGAGAGAUGUACAAUUCGGAAAAUACCCUCUCAUGACAGUUCUGGCAAAUGUAAGUAUAUUGUAUUGCCUGACGAAGACAGAAUUAAAUCGGAGUCUCAGAUGGAAACUGUGAGGCCCUCGAGAGCAAACGAAGACGACGACACUCAAGAAGACAGUAGUGCAGCGAACAGGCGCUCUCUGAAAAUUUCAAGCAAGUGUUCAACGGACAGCAAAUCAACCAGAGGAGAAAUGUUUUCCAUCAUAUCAAGAAAUAAAAGCUCCGACCCGAGAUCAGACCCAAAUGUAGUCAAGUGUAGAGCAAUAGAGAGAUCGUCAGUUUCAAAGAUUGAGGCCAUAACUGAAGUAGAAAACAUCGAGCCAGAAGAAGAUGCGGGAGCGGACAACCGAGGGAAGACGGACAAAGACAAUGAACUAAAAUUGUCCAGGAAAGACAGAACUGGAAUUGGUAGGAGAGCACGAACAAAACUAAAAAGUAAAAUGUCUCCAAUUCAAGAAGACGGUGCAACGGAUUAUGGGAUAAAGGAUAAUCCAAAUGGCAAAAGGGAGGAAAUUCUCAGUCCAAGAGAGGAUAGAGAUGAAGAGGUUGAGAACAAGGAAGACGAAUGGUUUCCUCCAUUUGCAUUUCCACUGCAAGGACAACCCAGAACGUGCAGAAGGAUAAACUUCUCGGACUCAAAUCGUUUUAUGCGUAUCCAUGGCAACAAUCUCCAAAGUGACGGGCCGUGGGGUCAGGGAGAUCGCAUCGAGCGGCCACGGAACUACGUCGAACCUAACGUCAGCCUGGAUGAUAUGUGCUUGCGCUUUUUUACCGAUAUCACCCCACUUGACCUGGCCUUUAACGCCAUCAAUGUGGUCAAUUCUUGUUCUAAUUCCAUCGGCUAUCAUUCAUGCAACAAUCAAAAACGUAUGUUGGCGGCGUUGGAGGGUCUCAAACACGAUGACGUCUAUAAACACGCACUGGUCUGUCCACUAGCUCGUCAGUGCGCGGCAGCCACGAGAGAAUUCAGCCAGUCGCUGCACAAAGUAUUCAGGAGGUUCUCCAAUCGGACCAGAGCAGCUCAAGAAGCGUUGUUGGAAUACUAUCGAGCCCUGGCAGCCGGUGAGGUCAACUCGCCAGAGAUGCUACAGCAGAUUCAGAGGGAUGGCAAGAGCUUAUAUAUGGUGUGGGAGGGAGGACAAUACGUCACCAGGUACGCUGAAGAUACCUUAGCUGAGCUUAGUAACAGUAGCAGUGACACAAGCUGCCACCCAUCAGUCUCCAACUCAGCAGACCAUCACGACACAUCAGAAAAAUCUUAGUACAAGUCAAGUAGUAAAAGGAGGUGGAUGGGGAAAUACGUGAUAUCAGGUACAGACUGGUAAGUAAAUUAUGUACACGGUUGAGACUGUUUCCACGGUCUUUUUUUUACGUCGGUUAGUGAUGUCAAUCUGCGAUUGACUAAAUUAUUUUGCUGUCGUUUUUCGUUAGUGUCUGGUUAUUAAGUCUUCUUUCCAUUUAUGGAACACGUACCGAUACAGUACGAGAUUUGACACAAACUUUCAAAUAUUUAAAACGUCCAUCUGUCUGCUUGUAAUAAACCAGGUUAAAAUGCCCCGUAAACGCCUAUAUGUGUAAUUGUGUGUAUUUUAUGUUUUCCUAUGCAAUUUGAAAACUAUAUUUAAUGUUGUUUUACAGUUUAAACAUGCUUCCCUCCAAAUUUGAAGUUGUAGAUGGUUUUAAUUUUAAAAGGGAGGGUAAUAUAAUUUGAAGUUUAAAUAAUGUAUACAUGUAGUAUUGGUUUUUCAAAUGUAGUAAAAUUAUACAAUAGACCCGUUGUUACUGUUUGUUAAAUUCCGAGGAGAAACCGACAGGACUCCAACAAAAAACGCUUAGGCUUCAAGAGAUUUUUUUAUUGUUUUAACUACAGCAUUUAUGUAUAUCAAGCUUGAA